AUGACAUCCACGCGAGGGAAAGAACAUACACUUUUCGAUACGAGAGAGUUGGAGCGUAUUUUGGAUACGUGUACGCUGGACUUAACACCAGUCGACGAGGUCUGGCCGAACUUGUUCAUCGGAAACGUUGCCAUUGCACAGAAUCGGACUGCGCUGAAGAAGCUGGGCAUCACGCAUGUCCUGAACGCUGCACACACCAAGCAAGGCAGCAUUGGGGACCAGGACUUCUACGGGGACGCGUUCGUUUAUCAUGGCAUCCCAGCCGAUGAUUCCUCAAAGUUCGACUUGAGUGUUUACUUUCGUCCCGCUGCGGAUUUCAUCCACAAAGCUCUGAAGAAGAAAGAUGGUAAAGUGUUUGUGCACUGCAUCAUGGGAGUGAGCCGCUCAUCUACGCUAGUGCUGGCUUACCUCAUGUUGAAGCGGCGGCUGAAGUUGCGUUCUGGCGUGGAGACACUCAUCCAGAGGCGGGCCAUCUACCCAAACAGGAACUUCCUGUCACAGUUGCUGGAGCUGGAUGCACAGCUGCAGAGGAAGCGCCGACUCUGCCCCAUAUUCUGAGUGAUCACAAACGCACACGCACACGCACACACACACACACACAUACACACUCUCUCUCUCUCUCUCUCUCUUUCUCUCUUACACUCCUAAAACACACACACACACACGCACACACACACACACACACACACACACACUGUACAUAGAAAUGCACCAGCAUAACCUGAUGCAGAUAGCAUACCCAUACAGUAUUUACAUGUUGUACCACACAUGUUGACUACUUAUUGAUGCUUCAACCCACAUGUGUGUGCACUGCACACACAGAAACACAUAGAGGUUACACAGAUGCAGCUGUGGAGAAAGCAUCAACAGUGACCCAUUCUCUGACUGGUAAACAACACACGCACGCACGCACGCACACACACAUGUCUCCUUUUAUGUACAAUGCUGCUCUUUUACUACUGUAAUUUCGAUUUUGUUGUCAUCAGACUUGUGUUGUGUUUCCUAGUGUGUGUGUGUGUGUGUGUGUGUAUGUGUGUGUGUGUGUGUGUGUGUGUGUGUGUGUGUGUGUACUAUAUGGGUGUGUUACAUAACAUGCACAAUUUUAUGUGUUUCUUUCUUUUUACAAAAUGUAUGCACUUACCCAGACAAAAGCAUGGCAGUUAUGCCCAGUGUCUCACUGUAGACAUUUAUAACAUCUUGACAAACCUUACAGUUCUGAUAAGUCAUAGGUUUAACCAUAUUUGUUUAUAUAAGCAGAGUCCACACAAACAAAUGAAGUCUAGACAGACCAUUUCAGAUAUACAUGUAGAGUGUGUGCACCUCUUUAUUGAUUGAUUAUAAAGGGGUACUGGAGCAAGUUCAUAUGUUGAGUAUAAAUGAAGGAAAUCCCCACAUGAUCAUCCUGUAGUCUAAACAUAUAUAUGUGAUAAAUGAGCUAUAUCAAUGCCUAACAGUACAUGCAAACACUACAAUGCAAUGCACAUUAAAAAAAACAUUGGUUAGAAAAGGUUUGAAAGACACAAAACCACUGACCGUUUCACUGGUGUAUUUGUAAAAUAUUUUGUAUGUUUUUCUUAUGACUGUAUAGAGCUAUGUGCCAUGUACAUCCCUUUCAGCAAUGUUUGGUAAAUUAAAGUUAGGUCAAGAAGCAAUCAAUUUCUAAAAGCCAUACAGUAAGCUAUAUCAUUUUAAAGCUAUAUACUUUUCUAGACAUGCUAUUUAUUUAAGACCUCAACUUGUUAAAGUGCCACUGAUUGACUUUACAGUUUUGGUUAGUGCUUGUUUUGUCAAAGAUUAAAUUGACUAAAAAUUCUGUUUUGCUAUGUAGUAUAUGACUAAACCAGCUCUGUGAAAUGAGUUGAAAAUAUUUUGUGAUUUUAAUAUAAAGUGAAUAUGACUUAAA